AGUUCAUUUGCUGCCCGAUUUCCCAAAUCUUUGGGCUCUUAGAGGAAUCUGCAACCCGUCAUUCUCAACUGAUCAGGAGGAAAGCAAAGUGACGUAUGUUGUACUGGAAACCCAAUCAAGCAAACCAGUGUUUUGCCAAUGCACAUGCACAAUUGGGUUGAGAGGGGACUGUAGCCAUGUGGGAGCUAUUCUCUUUACCCUGUGUGAUGUAGUAGCUGAGGGAAAACAGCAUCUUCCACCUGACCCCACCUGUACUGAUCUGCCUUGUUCAUGGUCAGAUCCUAAAGGUGCCAAAGUUGAACCUGUCAUUGUAGAGGAUAUCAACUUUUAUAAGGCCAAAGUAGGUAAAGAACCACCCACAAAGAAAUUCCAUCCAUCUCCUUCUGUAACAGAAGGUUUCUAUGGAACCACACAGCAUGAUAAAAGGACCAUGGAUGAAUUAAAAAUGAACUUAAAGAGAGACCUAUUCUAUGCAAAUCAUGGAAACCCCAUGCCACCUAUAUUCUACAUAUUAGCCCAAAAAGAUACUCUACCCCAAUUACCAUUACAGCAAGAAUUGCCUGAUUUCUUGCCAGUUGAUGAUCCACAUUUGGCUUACAGUUUUAAUGUGGACAUUGAAGACGUCACUGAGCAUGAGAAUGAUGUCAGAGAAAUAGUAAGCCCUAUCAAGUCAAAUCCAGCUUCACUGCAUGACAUCACUUCAAAAGCUGAUGCAAUUAUUGAAAAGCUCAGAGUACAAGACGAUGAUAUCAAGAAGAUUGAAAAGGCUACAAGGGAUCAAUCAAAUUGUAAACACUGGUGA